AUGCCCUCUCUCAUCUCCAUCACGGCCCUUCUCGGUGCCCUGGCCUCUCAAGUCUCGGCAUCACCCGCCAACAUCGCCAAAAGGGGUCUCAGUCUCCCUCCUCUGAUCCCCAAGAUCCCAGGAGUGACCGAGCCUCUUGCUGACAACGCUCCUCCCCUGCCUAUUCUCCAGCUCCCUACUCCUCCGUUGGAUAGCCCCCCUUUCAAGGUCUCCAACAUCAAGCCCAAGAAGAUUGGAUACUUCUGGACUGGUGCUGGUGACAACAAGCAUGCUGAUUUCUUGGUCACUGCUAGUCUCGAUGAUGACACCUUUGGUGAAAUCAUCGACAUCACUGAUGUCAACACCAGUGGUAACUCACCUCACCAUCUAGGCAGCUCCCUUGAUGGAAAGACCCUCGUUGGAGGCGGUCUUCUCUCUCUUCUCAAGACCCAAGACACUGCUUUCUACUUCGACACUUCGGACCCAUACCAUCCCAAGUUCGACCACAGCAACCGCGGUAUUCUCGGCUCCAUCGUCGAUGAGAUCCGCGCCAAGCCCGACGGUGGUUUCUUCAUCACUUACAUGGGUAGUGCUGUCGGUACAUCUCCCGGCCGCCUGAUCGAGACUGAUGCCAAUGGUAACAUCAUCCAUGAGUGGCCUGAGGAUGUUGAGGGUACUCUUAACAUUCUUGGAGAGCAGUUCUCUCCUCAUGGAUUGAGUGUGGACUUUGACAAGAACAUUAUUCUUACUUCUGACUUUGUUGUUCCGAUUACGAUUCUGAAGCCGACUCUUGGUAUUAAGAAGGCUGAUACACUUCGACUUUGGGAUCUCAAGUCUCGCAAGAUUAUCUCUACUAUCACUAUUCCUAACGGUCAAGGUAUCCAGGAUGUCAAGUUCAUUCCCGGUAACAAGGAGAGUGCCGCUCUAGCUACAGCUGUUGGCCCCGGACAAGUCUGGAUCAUCUACCCCUUCCGCAAAGACUCCAAGGGCAACCAGGGAGUCGCCGAACUCCUCUACGACCUCGGCGACAAGGCCAAGGACUCUCUCGCCAUCUACUCCGACAUCACCGACGACGGAAAGUUCGCCUACUUCACCAUCACGCUCGGCAACCACAUAGCCGCUCUCGACAUCUCUGACCUCGACAACGUCAAGCGUCUUGAUGAUCCUGAUGAGGAGCAGCCCAUCAUUGGACCUCACUAUGUCAAGAUCUCUCCUGAUAAGAAGAACCUCCUCGUUACCGGCUACUUUGUUCAGGCUGGAGAUAUUUCUAUUGUCAAUACUCCUGGUGAUUACAAGGGUCACUGGAUUGACAUCAACGAUGAUGGAUCGCUUAGCUUCAACCGCACCAUUGACUUUGAGAAGAUCUUUACCAAGACUCGUGGUGGUGCGCGACCACACAGUGCUGUCAUCUUUGAUCUCACUGAUCCUAAGAACCCUAUCUAUUACUAG